GAAAGCUGAAAUAUUCAGCGACACGUCGCCUGCUUCUAAAGUCCAAACUGCUGAAGAAGGCAGCGUCCAUGCUGGUGGCAGAAGUGGAAGAGAGGGAAAGAGAGAAACAGAGAGUAGUGAGCGAGAGUUUCCCUUCCAUCCAACCAAAUCUGACCGCCCAGGAACUCCAGGAGCUGUGCAAGGAGCUUCAUCAUAAGAUUGGUGUUGUGGAUGAGGCGCGCUACGACAUGGAGGUGAAGGUUACAAGGAACCAGAUGGAGAUCCAGUCUUUGAGCCAGAGGGUCACUGAGCUGAAGGGGGUGAAGCGGCCAGACCUCAAGAGGGUCAAAAAGACGGCCGACGACAUGCUGGGAUCCUACGCAGAAUCCUCCAAGCUCAUGAAGGCUGAUUUCAAAGCCAACCUGAAGACGGUGAAGAAAGAUGAUGAGAAGAGGGAGGAAGUGACAGACUGGAGGAAGAAUGUGGAGGCCAUGUCGGGCAUGGAGGGCAGGAAGAAACUGUUUGAUGCCGGACAAUAACAUCGGAAGUGACAUCUCUGCAGUGAACAAUAAGUUAUUAUGAAG